AUGGGCCACGUCAAGAACUUCGCACCCGGGAAAGCCCCCAAAAAGCUCCUCGACCCGCCUCCGGAAAGCUUUGCGCGCUCACCGCCCCUCGGGCCGUCGUACGGGCCGUUCCCGCUGCUGCUCCUGGUCGGCAAGGGCACAACGCUCGACCGCGGCUUCAACUACGCGCCCCCGGAGCUGCCCGGGCUCGGGACGGUGGGGGCGGUGCCGGUGCCGCACCCGUUCGUAGAUCACGACGUGAACGAGCAGGACUGGCGGCGGUUCGUGCACGACGUCCGCCUCGCGGGGUCGCUAUCGCCGAUGAACCGGGUCGUGGCCGGCCUCGCGCCGCUCGCGCUCCCGGGCGUGGGCAUCAUCUUUGGGUUCUUCAUCGUGAAGGGCAUCGACAGCGUCGUGAAGCGGAACAAGAAGGGGCCAGUGUCGCAGCUCAUCGACCAUUGGAACCACUUCUUCUUCCACCCGCGGUGCAUCCAUGUCUCGAUCUCCCAAGGCCCGCCGAAGGACCGCAAUGGGAACAGGGACCCGGCGAUGGGCAAGGACAGCAAGUGGCGGCUGGUUGUCACGUAUCGCGCGUACGUCCCGGAGUAG